AUGGCCCCCGGUCAGGGUGGCAGCAAGCGCAAGCGCGGUGAGCGCUCCUACUCCGGCGACUCGGCGAGCAACGACGCCUCGCGACCUUCUCCUCAUCGCCCCGGCACUCUCAACAUGGCGCAUCACCCUUCACCCCAUGGCUAUCAAGCCAGUCCGCCCCGAGAGCCUCAUGAUAUGCGCGACCGGUCUCGUCGCCAAUCGUAUCGUGGAAACGGAGGGCGAAACAACUUCCGCCGUGGGUCUUACGAACAACAGCAGAAUUUUUCUAGUUCGCAGCAGAAAGAACCAAACGCAAUGUCUCCCCCGCCACCAACACAACCUCGAGAGGCCACCGAGCAUGCGCAUGUAUCCGAAGAGCCUUUAUCGCAACCUACGCCAACCCCCGCACCCGUCACCCCUGCCUCGCAGCCUCAGCAACGACCUCCCUCGAGAGCCAAUUCAGACGCCGUCCCAGCCCAGGUCACCGGGCCGCCUCCGCCCUACGAUUACGAAUAUGUCACGGAUAGUGUAGUUGAGGAAUGGGCCUCCGGAGGGAAAGAAAAGCUUGUGGAACAAGGGCGUGCCGCUCUCUCACAACAGGACCUUCCCCGCUUGGCAUCGGUCUACCAGGAACUUAUUCGGUCCGCAAUCUAUGGAAGACUUGCACCAUCUGGAGCAGGAAGUGCCGUGAAAGAAAUAAUCGGAGAGGAAGCCGCAUCUCGAGAUGGGGACAUGGAAGGCGCUGGGUCGACGGCCUCAACCGCUGAGCUGGACUCGCGUUCUUUGUUCCUUGACACGCUUUCGAUUGUAACGGAUACUGAUACGUCGAAUCCAAAACUUAAGCCCCUCGUUUUUGCAACUGCAAUUCCUCCGAACCUCAUGCGCCUUCAGCUCGAUACGCCCCUCCUACAAUCGCUGGGUUUGGUUCGUGAAACCUUCGCGCGCAUGGGGAUUCGCAAACAGACCAAUCUCCUUUACCGCCAAUCGAACUACAAUCUUCUCCGAGAAGAAUCCGAAGGCUAUUCAAAACUCCUCACGGAACUAUUCACCACCAGCAACAAUGAGCCGCCGUCGAGUGAAGUGGUUGAAGAUACAUUUGAAAAGGUGAAGGGUAUGAUUGGCGCAUUUGAUAUGGAUGUUGGCCGAGUUUUGGAUGUGACACUUGAUGUGUUUGCCGCGGUCCUAGUCAAACAGUACCGUUUCUUCGUCAAACUCCUACGAGCCAGUUCUUGGUGGCCAAAGGAGGGCCAGUCUCCUCAUGUCGAGGAUUCCCAACGUGCUUCGGGACUACCUAGCUGGGCACUUCCCGGAUCAUCAGGAUGGGUUACAACAGACGAAGAGCGCGCAAGCAUUGUGCAAUCGAAUGAGCAGCGUGACCGAGAAUUUUGGGAUCGUGUACGGCAGGCGGGCCUCCAAGCUUUCUUCGAGAUCGGCCGCAAGCCGAUGUCUGAGGAGGAGAAACAAAAAGCACUGCCGGCGGCCAAUGGUGCUGCCGAGGAGGAUGCCACACGAUCAUGGAUCGAAGAAACAGGAACAUUGCCACCUAUGGGCAAUAGGGUUGCCGCGCAGCUUCUUGGCUUCAAACUACGGUUCUACGCCUCUACAGCUCGGAACAAGUCGGACACUUUGCCAGACAACCUCAUCUACCUCGCCGCCCUUCUCAUCAAAGUGGGCUUCAUCUCUCUCCGUGACCUCUAUGCUCAUCUCUGGAGACCCGAUGAAUCUAUGGAUGACCUGAAGACAGAGAAGAUGACCGAGAAAGCAGACAGAGAGAAGGCUGCUCGUCCUGGCGGUGGAGUUAACGCCCUCAUGAUGGCCGGUGCUCUAUCAGAUGACACGGUUCCUAUUCCACGACUUCGAGAUCUCGAUUCUCGAUUGGCGACGCCAGGAAAGGAUCAGGAUUCCGACAAGCAGACAACCCCAAAGCCCGAAGACCAAUUGCCCGAGCCUUCAGACCAAAAGGUUCUGUUGCUUAAAAGUCUUCUCGCAAUCGGUGCAAUCCCCGAGUCAUUGUUUAUCAUUAGCAAGUUCCCUUGGCUAAUGGAUGGCUAUCCCGAACUUCCUGCAUAUAUCCAUCGUAUUCUCCACCAUUCAUUGGACAAAGUUUAUACCCAGCUUCGGCCUCUUUCAGAGAGAAACGACCUCCCUGGGCAGCAUCAAAUACUGAGCACUGAUCAAACCGGUGUUGCCAAGGGCAAUCUCCGACUCGCACAACCCCCUGCUCGUCGAAUUCUACGAUGGGCCCAACUCGAUGCGGCGGACACGAAUGAAGGCACUGACUACCGAUUCUACUGGGACGACUGGGCCGAUGAUGUACCAAUCUGCCAGUCUGUUGACGAUGUCUUUGCCCUGUGCUCAACAUUCCUCAACUUGUCUGGCCACAAGAUCGGUCAAGACCCGGCGUUGCUCACUAAAAUUGCACGAAUUGGAAAGGACAGUCUUGCCAAGGACAAUUCGGAUGCAAAUAGAACACGCUGGCGCGAUCUUUGCAAGCGUCUUCUGCUCCCCGCCGUCAGUUUGACCAAGGCGAACCCUGGUGUUGUCAAUGAAGUGUUCGGCCUUGCCAGCUUUUUCCCUCGCGAUGUUCGCUACAACAUGUACGCCGAGUGGAAUUAUGGACAGACAUCUCGACUUCCGGAUAUCAAGGCUGCUUUUGACCAAGCAAGAGCAGAAACCAAAGACGUUCUAAAGCGUCUCAGCAAAACCAAUACUCGACCAAUGGCCCGCGCCUUGGCCAAGAUCGCCUACGCAAACCCUGGUGUUGUUAUCAAUGUUGCUGUUAGCCAAAUUGAGUCUUACGAAAAUUUGAUCGAAGUUGUUGUCGAGUGUGCACGCUAUUUCACUGACCUGGGCUACGACAUCCUGACCUGGUCCCUCAUCAAUUCACUUGGCCAGAAAGGAAGAAGCCGAGUGCAAGAAGGAGGCUUACUCACUAGUCGAUGGCUUAACGCGUUGUCAACAUUUGCUGGUCGAACUUUCAAACGAUACUCCGUCAUGGAUCCUGCCCCCUUGUUGCAAUAUGUGGUGGAACAGCUUCGUCAUAACAAUUCAACGGACCUCAUCGUUCUGGAGCAAAUGAUUAGCUCCAUGGCAGGUAUCAUCACGGACACCAACUUCAACGAGGCCCAGAUCCAGGCUAUGGCUGGUGGCGAGAAUCUUCAAGCACAGACCAUCUUGCAACUCCUGGACAAGCGAAACGAGUCAAAGCUGACCUCAAAACGGCUGUUGAAGUCACUCACCCAUACUCGCCUCGCCGGUCAGCUGCUGGUCGCAAUCGCGCAAGAGCGGCUUACAUGUGUCUUCAACGAGUCAUCGUCAGAACUGAAGCUUCUUGGCAAUAUUUUCGAUGAAAUCCACCGCAUUCUCACUCAAUACCUCGAUCUCCUCCGCUCAAACUUGUCCGUUGAUGAGUUCGACUCAUUUGUUCCAGGCUUCGCUUCCCUGAUCCAAGACUUCGGCAUUCAACCCGAGAUCGCUUUCUGGAUUCGGCGCAUCAGUGUGGCCAGGAAGAUCGCCGAUUUUGAGAAAUCCAAGGUGGAGCCGGAUUCUUCAAGCAAGGAGAUUGCAGAGAUCUUGACGCCUGCGUCUAAUGGCGAAGCCAAGAUGGAUAUUAACGAGGAUGGAGAAGUUGUAGUCAAAGAAGGGGAGACUAUGGACAUUGAUGCAGAUGAGGAAUCUACACCUGGUCCGCCUGCGGCACCACCUAUUCCGCUAGCUGCCAAUCCCGCCAUGCAAGAGCUGAUUGAUAAUGUCAAGUCUGCUUUACCAACCGAGUCAUGGGAUACAGUGGGUGCCUACUUUUAUGCGACAUUCUGGCAGCUUUCUCUUCACGAUAUGCACAUGCCUCAGAAGUCAUACGAAGAAGAGAUUACCCGCCUGAAGAAGAAGGUGACGAGCAUCAAUAACGACCGUUCUGAUCUUAGCAUGGCUGGUAUCCAACGAAAGGAGUGGGAUAAGAAACAAUCCACAAUUAUGCAAGAGCGCUUAUUGGUGGAAAACAAGCAACAUGUCAAAACCUAUCAACAGACGCGCAGUAGACUGCAAUCCGAAAAGGAUCGAUGGUUCGGUGGCAUGCGUCGCAAACACGAUUUGCUGAACAUAGCAUUGCUAGAGCAGUGUUUUAUUCCCCGACUGCUUUUGUCUCCCAUCGACGCUUUCUUCUGUUUCAAGAUGUUGAAGUUCCUGCACAGUGCCGGAACUCCCAACUUCCGUACAGUUGGUCUUAUUGAUCAAUUGUUCCGAGAACAACGCCUGACAUCACUCAUCUUCAUGUGUACCUCAAAGGAAGCCGAUAACCUUGGAUAUUUCUUGAAUGAAGUCUUACGGGACCUUGCCCGUUGGCAUGCCGACAAGGCUGUGUAUGAGAAGGAAGCAUUCGGUUCCAAGAGGGAUCUCCCUGGUUUUGCGAAAAAUGUUGAUCCCGAGGGAGUCCCGGGCGCGUUCUUGGAGUUUGAAGAUUUCCGUCGCCUUCUUUACAAGUGGCACCGAUUGUUUUGCAAUACCCUGAAGACUUGUCUCAAUGGAGGCGAAUACAUGCAUAUCCGCAAUGCCAUCAGUAUUCUCAAAGCAGUUGUUCAACAUUUCCCCGCCGUGAACUGGGUCGGCAAGGAGAUGCUCAUCUGUGUCAACACGCUCAGCAAGGAGGAUGACCGAGAUGAUGUCAAGAUCCCCGCUGCCUCCCUCAUCGGUGAUCUCAAUCGACGAGAGAAGAAGUGGAUGCUCCCCCAGGCUUUCAACCUGAUCCAGCACCCUCAUAGUGGCCAGCCGAACACUGGAUCUCACCCCCCCGCCGAUCAUUCCGACAAGGCCGGUACUCCUGGCUCACAAUCACCCGCUUUGAAUGCCACUGCACCUGAGUUCAAGCCCGGCACCCAAGAGGCCGCCAUCGCGACCAAGCAAGAAUCCACUACAGGUGAAGUUGAGGAUGGCGAGAUAGACGAUACCAAGAUGACGGAUGCUACGCCUGUCAGGGCGGACGAAUCCCAGCCCGCUGCUAAAUCUUCUGCGGAUAUCUCUGCCAUGGAUACGAGUGCGGAUACUCUGGAUCGCCCCGCAGAUCGUGAACAAGAAAGUCGAGCCCGGUCUCGCGCAGGACGCCAGCCUGAUAUUCCGAAACGGCCGGAGCCUGCCAUGAAUCCGCGCGAUGUAGCUCGUCUUCCUCGACACACCGAAGGCCGACUUCCUCCACGGCCCGACUUGAUGGAUGACCGACGAGGCAGACACCCUGAUUUCAACCCUCGCAACCGACAGGGAGCCGGUGCAGAUCAAACUCGUUCUUUCGAUGGCCCUGGUGCCACAGAUCCCCGCGGCCAUGGACGUGAUCGUGAGUUUGGAAUGCGACCCCCCUUGGACGACCCAAUUCGUGGACCAGGACCACCGUAUCGUGAUGGUCGCCCUCCACGCGAUGCAGAAUGGGGAUCUGAUCGUAGUCGUCCCCGGCCUGAUUCAUUCCAUGGUCGCGACGCCCCUGCGCGCGGGGAGAUCCUCCCUGACAUCCCAGAUCGACCAGCUGAUGGCCCUCGACGUGGAGACCAGAUACGCUCCGAAAAAGAUGAUCGACGCCCUUACCCACAACGUCCUCUAUCGCCGCCCAGAUCUGAUUUGCCCAACCGCCCUGAGCGCUUCCCUAACGAUCGUCGAUCGGGUAACUUCAACCCAGCAACUCGACAUGACGAGUUUCCUAGAGGUCCUCGUGGUGACCGUUCUGGGGGUGAACCUGAUCUACAACAUGGCCGAUUACGCGGGCCCGAGCCCGUUCUUGACAUUCCAUCUGGGCCUCGCGGCAGUGGAAAGGGCCGCAACGCACGCAAUGCGCCAAGUCAUCCUCCUCCACCGAGCUCAAGCAAUGGCAAGCUACCCACCCCUGAGCGCCAAAUCCCCACCGGCCCUAGUCGCGCGAGUGGUCGCGGGGCCCCAGAUCAACAACCUCCUGCUACCCCAUCCCAAAGCUCAGAGCCUGCUGAAAGCACCGGCAUUCACCCUGACCGCUUGAGGCAGUUUGAAGCGGACUCACAGCAAUCACCCGCAACUAACAUGACUCCCCCUUCUGGACCUCGUGCCUCGAAUCAGCAAGGUGGACGCGGAUCUGGUGGUGACCGCAGUCGAGGUGAUAAGCGAUUCGCCGGUAUCAACAACAUGCUCAAACAGACCAAUGGCGCUGUAGAGCGCAGUGCAACCACACCUCCUGUUCGUGGACGCAACGGAAACCGACAACCGAGUGCAACCAUGUCUUCUCCCCAAGCUGCGCCUCGGGCCCCUCAAGGUCCAGCUGGUGCCGAAGAGCCUGGUUCUGCUCGCAGCCGCCCAGAAUCCCGCACGGAAUUGAUUGGUGAUGCACCUAUCCCAGACAGUCGCCGCUCGGGUCGAAACCCUGAUCGGGAUAGGAACCGCGACAGGGAUCGUGAGCGCCGAGGUGAAGAUGCCAGCACCGGUAACUCUCGACGAGAAGAGCGACGUGAGCGUGGCCGUGACUCUGAUCGCGAACGCAGCCGUCGGAGUGACGUUGGCGGCAGCGGCGGCGGCGGCAGUUCCGGACGGGAGGACAAAGAUCGUGAUCGAGAACGCCAUGCGGAGCAACCCCGCGAUACUUUGCGUAGGGUGUCAAGUUCGCGCGAGGAGAUGCGACGCCGAGAGCGACGUGAUCGUGGUGAUGACGGACCCCCAGACCCAAGCGGAGCUGCAUCUGGCAGUGGCAGUGGAAAUGCCAACGAGGCCGAAGGACGUCUUCGCCCGCCAUCAUCAAUGGGCGCACCACCGCCCCCUCCACCUCCUCCCCCACCUCCUCUUCCAGCUGAUGACAAUUCUUCCCGUCGCUGGGGACCUGGUGGAGGCGGAGACCGAGGAAACCGCCCCGAGCAUCGGGAUCGUGAGCGUGAGCGCCGUGGUGACCGUGGACGUGAACGAGACCACCGUGAGAGCGGCGGUGGACAGCGCAAGCGUGGACGUCCUAAUCCCGAAGACAACGGUGGUGAAGGAGGUGGACGAGGUGCACGUAUGGGUGGAGAUAGCAAGCGUCCUCGCCGCGGAGGAGCGUGA